CUAAUCUGAAUUUGCAACACAUAAGUCCUGGCCAAGUCAUAGGUGGGAAAAAUGUCUGUACCAAGAUUCCAAAAAUUAAACUUUGGAACAUAUGACAAUUAUAUUCCAGUCAGUGAAUUAAGCAAAAAAUCAUGGAAUCAACAACACUUUUCGCUGGCAUUUCCCAAACCACAACGGCCAGGUACAAAAAGGAGAACAAUGCCUUCCCAACUAAAUAAAAAUGCAACUUCUACAAUUGAGGAAGAAAAGCUAAGGUAUGAACAUAGACAACCAUUAUGGAUGCACCAGUCCUUAACAAAAAUUUCUGAAAGACCAUCUGUUUAUUUAGCUGCCAUGAGAAAACCUCCACCUAAACCAGUUCCUUCCCCAAAGUUGGAUUCUUUAUCUCCAGGAAAUAAUAAAAAGGUAGAGAAGGAUAAAUCAAAAUCAGAAUCAGAAAUAAAACCUAAGGCAGCUGCCCAGAAAGGCAAGGAUUCAGCUACAGAAUCUGAAGGUGAAAAGGAUGGAUCAAAGAAAGGGGCCAAAAAAGAUAAGAAAAGCUCAAAGGAAGGCAAGGAUUCAGCUACAGAUUCUGAAGGUGAAAAGGCUGGAUCGAAGAAAGAUGAAAAAAAAGGUAAAAAGGAUGCAAAGGGCAAAGAUGCAUCUACAGAUUCAGAACCUGAAAAAGGAGUUACAAAGAAGGAUGAGGGGAAGAAAGGCAAGGAAACAAACGAUGCUAAGAAAGAUGCAAGAAAGAAGGAAAGUAAGAAAGAUUUAAAGAAGCCAGGUGCUUCAGAAGGUGAAUCAAAGGAAGAUGCAAAGAGAGAUGCCAAGAAAGAUACCAAAAAGGAUGCUAAGAAAGAUGCCUCAGAAUCCGCUGAAGGGAAAAAGGACACCAAGAAAGGUGCCAAGAAGGAUGCAAAGAAGGGCAAGUAGGCAAUAAUUCCACCUAACAGAAUUGUGUAGAAGCUUAUGGGAUGAAGCAAUGUUAGCAGUCUGAAGUGGAAUCUAGAGUGAAAAAGAGGGUUCAAACAUUAUUCAAAGAAAUUUUAAGAGAGUCAAAGAAGAACAUAAGGGAUUACAAAAUAAAAUAUGAGAAAGAUUUUGGGAAAAAUUAAGGAAGAAUCCAUUGGAAGACUUGAAAAAUAUGUCUGCUAAAUUAGAAGACAGAUUAUUAAACAUUUUUAGAAAGACUAAAAAAGGAAUAUUCAAUUAAAGAUACAAUCUAUGGAUACAAAAUUUUUAAAAUUUUGUUCAGUGAAGAAUUUAAAAAUUCAGGAAAGAUAUGUCAUAACUAUAGAUUUAAAAAAAUUUCAAGCUGCAUUCAUAAAUUUAAUAAAGAACUAUAAGAGUUGUCAAAAGAAGCGAAACAACUUUACUUUGAAGUAAAUAGCAAUCAAAGAUAACUUUAAAGAAAUAGAGAAAGAGAAGGAAGGAAAAAGGAAGGUCAGUCAAGGGAAAAAAGCAAAGAAACAAGAAUACCGCUAUUUACCUGUUCUUACUUGUAAGCCAAUAUCACCAUCUCUGGAGUUGAAACAACCACAACCAUGAUUAUGCUUGUAGACUGCUUCACUUCUAAGUCAAGAUGCACAUAAAUGGAGAAGGGAGUCCAAUUCCACCUGCUGUUGUGAGCUGGUUUUCUAUGAAUGACAUCUGACAAUUAACAUGUGCUGAAGAAACAUCUGAAUACAAUCACCGAAGCCUACUUUUUUCAACGUCUUCACCAAAUCAAUAAAUGGUGCUAAUGUCCAUUAUGUGGCCAAUCUAAAACUGAGAAUUCUGCAAGAAGAGAUGAUGAUCUGCAGCAUAGAGACUAUUGACAUCAUGAGCAUGUGAAAAAAGAGAAAAGAUACACAAAGAAAGGAAAUCUAUAAAGUUCGUUUUGAAAGCACAGCAAAAACUUGGCAAUGGGGACAUUGCAUUUAUUACUUAAGAUCUUUGGACCAACCGAGGAUUUACUAGACAUUACACCACACUGGAGAAGAGCAAUAUUCUAUUCACUUGGAGAUUUUCCUCUCAUGGAAAUUGUUUGUCCGCUUUAAUUUUGAAAUGAAUACAUGAAUCACCUGGUAAGACUAUGAUUAAAACAUCUACCCUCUA